UAAGUUUCCUCUCUGAUUGCCGUUUGAGCUAAAGAGGAAAAGGACGUUUCUUGUGGCACAUGGUAUCCAGUGAGUAAAACAGAUGUGUGCAGUUCACUGAAGUGGAUAUAUUCAGUUUUAAUCUGCAGUUAUACGCACACAGACGUGGUUUAUUGUCCGCUGUAUGUGAAGCUGGUUCAUCAUGGUUCGAGCAAAACGGGGAAAACACGCACAGAGACCAAAUAAGGAUAAGGUCUAUGAUGAAGACGACCCCGAAGCCUACAACGACAUGCCUGUCCCUGAUAAGAAAUCCUCAACAUACACAAAAGACAAGAUCGAUGAGUUUCAUGAUGAGAAGAUUGCAAAACUCCUCGCCCGAGGUGUUCAAAUGGAGAGCGACCAGGAGGAAGUGGACGAUGAGGAGGAGGUGAUGCCCCUGGAUCUUUCUGAGUCGGAAGAUGAUGAAGGGGAGGAAGAAGAAAAUGAGGAAGAGGGGACAGAUAUGGAGAGUGAUUUAGAAGGGAGAAAUGAGGACGAGCUCCCUAAUGAAAUGGCCUGGGGCAGAAAGAAAAAACUGUUCUACGAUUCAGAUUAUGUGACCUCAAAAGGGAAAUCACAAGAAGAGUUGGAGGCUGAGGAACAAGAAGAAGAAGAAGAGGCUAAAAACAUCCAAAAACGUUUAGCUGCAAAUCUGAGCGAGGAGGAUUAUGAUUUGAACUUUUUUCAGGAAUUUGCUGUGGAGAAGGAUGAAAGCAAGCCUGUGGAAAAAGAGGAGAGGAUUGUGAAAGACCUGAAGCAGAUGUCUCAGAAGGAAAAAAUGAAGCUUUUGAAGAAAGAGUCACCAGAGCUGCUUGAGCUAAUUCAGGACUUCAAGGCAAAGCUUAACGAGCUCAAGAAUGAGCUUCAGCCUCUCAUGCAAAUGGUUAAGGAGGGAAAGAUCCCUGCAGGAAAGGGCGCCGAUUACCUGAAGACAAAGCAGCAACUUUAUCUGAAUUACUGCACAAACAUCAGCUUCUACUUGGUGCUGAAAGCAAAGCGGAUACCUGCUCACAACCACCCUGUGAUUGAAAGACUGCUCACCUACAGAAAUCUCAUCAAUGAACUAGGCACAGUAGAUGCUCGGCUCGCUCCAGAGUUUCGCCAGCUACUAGCUGGUGGAGAGAAAAAUAAGGCAGGAAGCAAGCAAGCAGAAGGCAAGAAGUCUAAAGUCUCAAACAGGAAGGGAAAGGAGUCUGGAGAAGCUGUUCCUGAGGCUGAGGAGGAGUCAGACUCUGACCUGGAUGAGGAAGAAGCUCUACGCUUCUACAAAGAGGCAGAGGAACGGUUAAAAUUAAAGAGGAAGGGCAAUAAUCCAGAAGAUGAAAUGAUGGAGGAGAAUGAAGAAGAGGAAGAAUUGGAUCCAAAUGCAAAGAGAGGAAUCACUUACCAGAUGGCCAAGAACAAGGGGCUCACGCCGAAAAGGAAGAAAAUUGACCGUAAUCCCAGAGUCAAGCACAGAGAGAAGUUCAGACGGGCUAAAAUCCGCAGAAAGGGACAGGUCCGAGAAGUUCGUCACGAAGAGACGAGAUACAGCGGAGAGCUGUCUGGUAUUCGUGCUGGUGUCAAGAAGAGUGUCAAACUCAAGUAACCGAGUCCAGAAUAUGCUGCCAAGUGUGGCAGUGAGAUUGAACCAGUACCAGUGGACUGUGAUUUUAAAUGUUUAUUAUUGGGGAACCUUGCAGGAAAGAAAAUAUUGUCAUUGUUUUAAAACUUGAAACUACUUUUCUGAUUACUAGAAAGUGUGAAUAAACAUUUUAAAACCUGGA